AUUCAAUUCGAUUGGUGUAUUAGUUGUCAAAAUCGCGCCCAUUUCCAGAAAGGUCUACUUUUAUUGGCUGUUUUGCAGAUUUGCAUGAAAUAGGUUAACGGGAUUGGGUGAGGACACGUCAAUCACUUGCAAGCGAGACCACUGGAUAUGAAUUUUUCUGAUUUCCCACCUCAGACAGAACUCAGCUGCAGACAAAGUGGCUUGAAAGGACCUCAACUACUAGAGUGAAAUUUAAAUAAUGGCUUUAGCAAUUGACCAGAAACUGUACACCUCUUGGGUUCCCGUCUAACAACCAUAUUUAUUUGGAGAAAUUGAGACGAGCGACUCCCUGGGUCUGGAGAUCUCUGAAACCAUGUCAGUCACCGUCCACGAGAACCGAAAGUCCCGGACCAGCACGGGCUCCAUGAACAUCUCUCUGUUCCAUAAGCCCUCGCAUCCAGACAGUGUGCUCACCCACCUCAACACCCUCCGAAAGCAAUGCAUGUUCACUGAUGUGACACUGUGGGCGGGGGACCGCUCCUUCCCCUGCCAUCGGGCCGUACUAGCUGCAUGCAGCCGCUACUUUGAGGCCAUGUUCAGUGGAGGCUUGAGGGAGAGCCUGGACAAUGAGGUGAACUUCAGAGACAGUGUGCACCCAGAAGUGCUGGAGCUGCUGCUUGACUUUGCUUACUCAUCACGCGUCAUCAUCAAUGAGGAGAACGCAGAGUCGUUACUCGAGGCGGGAGACAUGCUGCAGUUCCACGACAUCCGAGACGCUGCCGCAGAGUUCCUGGAGAAGAACCUGCACUCGUCCAACUGCCUGGGCAUGAUGCUGCUGUCCGACGCCCACCAGUGCAAACGGCUAUAUGAGCUCUCCUGGAGGAUGUGCCUGGUGCACUUUGAGGCGGUGCGGGACACAGAGGACUUCUACGGCCUCAACAAGGACAAGCUGCUGGACCUGAUCCUCAGUGACGAGCUGGAGAUCGAGGAUGAGCAGAUCGUGUUCAACGCUGUGAUGCGCUGGGUGCGAUAUGACCUGGAUGGCCGCAGAGACUACCUCCCUGAGCUGCUGCGGGGCAUCCGCCUGGCCCUGCUGCCCUCUGAGUGUCUGAUCGAGGCGGUGGCCUGCGAGGAGCUGGUGAUGUCAGACAAGAGGAGCCGGCAGAUCGUGGAGGAGGCCAUGCAGUGCAAGAAGAAAAUUCUGCAGAACGAUGGGGUGGUCACCAGCCCCUGUGCCCGACCCCGCAAGGCAGGCCACACACUGCUCAUCCUGGGAGGACAGACCUUCAUGUGUGAUAAGAUCUACCAGGUGGACCACAAAGCCAAGGAGAUCAUCCCCAAGUCUGACCUGCCCAGCCCCAGGAAGGAGUUCAGUGCCUGUGCCAUCGGCUGUAAGGUCUACGUGACUGGGGGGAGGGGUUCUGAGAACGGGGUGUCUAAGGAUGUUUGGAUCUAUGACACGGUCCACGAGGAGUGGUCUAAAGGAGCACCCAUGUUGAUAGCACGUUUCGGCCAUGGCUCUGCUGAACUGGAGAACUGCCUGUAUGUGGUGGGCGGCCACACUGCCAUAGCAGGUGUCUUCCCUGCCUCCCCCUCAGUCUCCCUCAAACAGGUAGAGCGUUAUGACCCGCUUACAAACAAAUGGACCAUGAUGGCACCACUUAGAGACGGUGUUAGCAAUGCAGCCGUGGUCAGCGCCAAGCUGAAGCUGUUUGUCUUUGGUGGCACCACCAUCCACAGAGACAAGGCCUCCAAGGUGCAGUGCUACGACCCUCUAGGGAACCGUUGGGCCAUCGCAGCAGAGUGUCCGCAGCCGUGGAGAUACACGGCCGCAGCUGUUCUAGGCAGUCAGAUCUUCAUCAUGGGUGGAGACACUGAGUUCACCGCCGCUUCUGCCUACCGCUUUGACUGUGAGACCAACCAGUGGUCUCGUGUUGGGGACAUGACUUCCAAAAGAAUGAGCUGCCAUGCUGUGGCCUCUGGAAACAAACUGUAUGUGGUGGGGGGCUACUUUGGGACGCAGCGUUGCAAGACACUAGACUGUUAUGACCCCACGUCCGAUAGCUGGAACAGUAUAACUACAGUGCCUUACUCACUAAUUCCUACUGCGUUCGUAAGCACCUGGAAACAUCUACCAGCCUAGCUGCCUCUCUACAAGAAUAAGGAGAGGUCUCCAGAACUGGGUGUCACAUGUUUCUGACCGUAGUGACUGGCAGAGGCUUGCUAGGGCUUGCCUGCCAGCAGCACAGCGUGACGUGUGUCCAUCGGGUGACGGGUGUGGCUCCGCCAGCGUCGCCCAUUCCUGCUCCAACUAAAAACACACCCCGCCCCCCCCUCCCCGUUCCAGAUGAUCUGAACACAAGGUCCUCCAAGAGGGAUGUCAUCAGCUGGCUCUACUCCUUCAUAGCACAAAGAGACAUCCACACCAUGCUUCCAAACAGUCUUAUCCAUGACCAUGGAGAGCGAGAGAGACACUUUAUAGACAGACCACUGACUUGGGUUGGGUUUAUUGCUCAGUAUUUUUGACUGAGGCUAUUUUUGAAACGUGUUUUUCUUUUGAGGGAUCCACUACUAGAUCAUUCCACCUCUCAACCCGGGCGAAAUGGCCUCAAGGGCUGAUGUGUUUUUGUAAAUGACAAUUGAUAAACUACAGUAAGCAGGAACACUAUCCGUUCCAUCAUAGGUGGUGCUGUAGGCUCUCAGCACACAGGAUUUAUGAACUCGGCAAACGCUCAUAUCCAACAAAUAGCCUACAGUGCAAGUCAACUUUAUAAAACAAUGAGAUAUAUCAAAGAAACACAUUGUAUCAUUGACCUUUCAAAGGAAAUAGUUGUUUUUUUACAUGGAAACAACAUUGAUUCAACCAGUUUUUGCUCGGUUUGUUGAUAAUGGGUCAAUGAGGGUACUAACCUUUUGAUACUAAGACUUUUUUUCUCUGAAUUGUGUUUUAUUUCUGGAGUUAGUUUGUGAGAUGACAGCCGCACAGAAGCAACAACCUUUUUUUCCAGCAGUUCCUGAUAGGAGAACUUAACAGGAACGUUUUAAUGAUAAGGACUCACUUUUAAACUGCAGUUUUCCAUGUGAGGGGUGCCUUCAAGGACUGUAAUAAGGCCUCUUUGUGAACUGAAUUCCUUGUGCCUAAUACUGGUAGGAAGGUUUGUCAUUUCACUCUGAAGUGUUUGAAUAAAUGACUUUUUGAUGCA